GAGUCAGGAUUAAGCCACUCCGGAUUCGAGUACCGACACGGUUUGUCAGCUCAAGUAUUUGUUUCCUAGGUGUCAGUCGUUCGAGGACGCCCCGCCGGGACGCGGACGGAAAAUGGCAAGAAGAGGUGGCGCUCGGGUGGACAUGUAGCGGCCCACCUGGAGGAGGCUGGCCACUCAGGUGUGGGUGCGGCCCCGGGUUCAGUGUAAGGAGGACAUCUCGUGGCCAAAAGGGAGAAGUACAUCAACGAUAGAUAAAUUAUAUCGCUAGCUAGCUAGCUAGUUAAAUAGAUAAUGUUUCAGUACUUAUUGCAUAGCUUGCUGUUUUGUAACAAGGAACAGCUGAAUGACAACAUUUACAACAGAUGUUUGAUGCAUUAAGUGACCAAUAGAUUUCCUGUUUCCUGUUUUUUCCUGGUUCCUGGUAUUUAAAGGUAUUUUUCAUCAUGUUGUUCACAUUUUGAUGUCAUGAAACCAAGAUGAAACUUAACAAUUGAUCAACAGCACUUAGCCAUUGUGAGGCUUCAAACAGGAUGUUUUCAGAGGGAAGUGGUCACUGUGUCGCAGAGUGUCAUCAGCAGGUUGUGACAGAAAUACGAGAGACUGGAAGAUUCUUCAAGGAUUUCCUCUGGGAUCCUUUGCAGCUCUGUCGUCACGGCCAUCUGGUGUCGUCCACAUCUUCAGACUGGGUCCCUUGGAUGACCCCCUCGAGCUUGGGAGAGAGUCGGCAUGGACAAUCAGGACAAGGUACCAACUGAGGAGCCUCCCACAGACCUCAUUCAAUUUAUUGAAGACAUCAAACAAAGCACUGAUAAUGGCAACUUGGACAGGGACAACAUUCCUAAGCUGGACAAGUCCGACAUGGAGAACAUAGGACAGAUGUUUGAGCACUGUAUCGAGCAGGUGUCCUGUUUGGAGAUGCGGAGAGAAGAGCUGAUACAAGAGUUCCUGUUUCUACAGGAGCCCAUGAAGCACGUUGUGGAUCAACUGAGGGGAAAUCUGGUGGAGAAGCGGAGACUGGUUACUCUGGCUCAGAUGGAUCACAUGGAUGUGUUUGAGGAAGUGCAGCAAGUGAAGAAGAAACUCUUCAACACUGCCAGAGCCUGCAUCCACAGCCAGGAAGAGCUCAAAGCCCAAGUCCAAUGCCUGACAGAGGAGUUUUUUCAACGCCAGGAGUCCCACCAAAACCAUCUCAACUCUUUGAGGGAUCUGGCCAAGAAGCCGUGCAGACAGAGAGCCAUGAGCGAUAUCAGCCUGUGCCGUCAAGCCUCUGUCCAUCUCCAGCGCCGGCUCAGCGUCAGCAUUCGGGAGUUGGAGGGCUGGUAUGAGCCCCGACUCAUAGCACUGCUCAAGAGGAGGCAAUUUGGAGAGAAGGCCUUGAGAGUGAGCAACGAGGAGACAGUGAUCUUAAGGGCCCAACUAGAUCCCCUAAAACAGGAAGUACAAAGACUGGAGGAGCAGAGGUCCUGUCUCAAGCAAAGGCUCAACCUGAUGCAGCAGGCGAGGGAGGAGAUGAUCACGCAACACAAGGAGGCUGAAGAGGAACUAAAAGAGGCUCUGAGGAAACUAAUGCUGGACUUUGAGGUUCAAAUAAGACAUAAAAGAGAUUUGGAGGCUCGCACAAAUGAUAUUUUAGAAGAGAUGGCACAUCUCAGAGUCUGUGAUGAAGCUACUGGAGAAGAACAGCCAGAGGAUUCUACUUCCUCUUAGGCCAACUGAUGUUGAACAGCUUUGCAUACAAUUUGUUUUAAAAAGUUUAUCAAAUACAAAACAUUAUCUUUGUUAUAAAUAAAUUGUAACAAAUUGUUGUUACAAUUUAUUUCCUUCUUACACACAAUCCAUCCAUUUUCUAUAGCACUUGACCUCAUUAGGGUCGCAGGUGAGCUGGAACUUAACUAGCGGAUUUUGGGGGAGAGGCGGCCACACCCGGCCUGAACUGGUCACAAGUCAAUUGCAGGACACUUUCAUUCACAUUACAAACACCCAUUUACUCCAAAUAUUUAUUAUGAAUAUACUUAAGUACACAAGAGUUCAGAUGUAGCAAAACAAAACAGAAAAUGCAGAGGGAAACAAUGUAUAUUAUGCAACACGAGAAGGAAAAUUCUUCUUUUGAACAAAUAAAGUGGAAACCGUAUGUACAUUUGUAUAAAAAUGGAUCUUAGUAGAAAUGUGUUGAGCAUAACUAACCAAUUCCAGAAAAGAUGAGGAAAAUACACUCAACGAAAUAAACAACCAGAAUGACAAUUUUUUGAUAAAUUUCAUUACAUCGGGGUUAAAUAACUGGGAUGACUACCAAAUCUUUAAAAAAAAAAAAAAUUCAGACUGAUCUUAA